CAGGCUGGGCCUGCCCCUCAUGCCAGAAGCAGAGGGACAGAACAGAAAGUAUAAAAGGCAGGACCUCCAGCUAAGUUGAGCCAGACACCUCUACUUUGCUGCUGGCCUCUACACUAGAGCCUGAGCUGUGCUAACCACUGCCUGUGGAGCAGGACCCCGAGGAAGGGGAGCUGUUAAGGCUUCCAUCGGCCGAGUACCCCGAGAAGCUGCUGGGUGCUGUGUACCCAAAGGAGACUGAGGGCCCAGGAGCAACAAAGCCCUAGGAACAGAUCUUCCUUGUCAGCGUUUCCCAACAUGUCUUCAGAAGAUGGCUGGUCGAAGGUUUUGCCUGUGACUCUAGAAAUUGCUGAUGAGGUGAAGCUAGAGCUGGAAAAGAAAGUGGGCAAGACAUAUCCAGUCUUUAAAGCCAUAACGUAUAGAUAUCUGGAACGAAUAGCUGAUGCAAGUCACAAGCUCUUUAAGGUCUCCGUCAGUGACAGCACUGAUGAGUGUGUACACCUGUAUGUGGUAAUAGUGUUUACUGCUCCCCCUGGGAAUCCAAUACUCCGAAACUAUCAGCUGAACAAAACCAAAGAUGAUCCAUUGGAGCCAUUUUGAUUGACAUGCUUGGGACAGGCUCUUCUGUUGCUCUUUCUGCAGACUCCCAGCUCAUACAACCAGUGUCACUACAUGAACGAAAAUAAAAUGUAACUGAUUUUGAAAACUAA